AGGAAUUAAGUUGGUGUGUUGUAGAGAGUGUCCUCCACAGUAAAGCGAAUUAGGGUUCGGAAUAUCGAACAUUGGAAGCAGAAUCAAGUAACAAACUCGCAUCUAGUUUUAAGUAAAAUGGCCGGUAAAUUUGUCAGAAAAAGCAAGCUUCGACAUGUUUUUGGGAGUGAAUUCAAGAAGGACCAGUGCUUCGAGUCGAUUCGGGUGACGACAAAUACUAAAGCGCAGCUGAUUUGCGCUGUCAACCCGAAGUUAGUGGCAGUGGUCACAGAUAAGGGUGAUGGCGGAAACUCCCUGCUUGUAGUGCCACACAACAAGAAUGGUCGUAUUGCACCAGAUACACCACAGGUCAGUCAAGAAGCAGCUAUUAUCGACAUUGCAUGGUCCCCUUUCAAUGACAACUUGAUUGCCUCAAGCGAUGAGAAUGGUUUCAUCUACUUCUGGGAGAUUCCAGAUGAAGGACUGACUGGAAACAGUGUAGAGCCACUAAUUUCAGUGAAAGCACAUGAAAACCGGUGCUCCAUGAUCCGAUGGCAUCCCUUGGCAGAGAAUGUACUCCUCAGUGUAGGCAUGGAUUUGAGAGUGUGUGUAUGGAAUAUAGAUGAGGGAGUUUUCAUUUUGGAUAUAAAAACUUCACAUGCUGUACAGGAUGUGUGCUGGAGCCCUGAUGGAAAAAAGUUUGCUACCGCCAGCAAGGACAAGAAGAUCCGUAUCUACAAUGGAAGGACUGCCCAGCUAGAACAGGAAUUUGCAGGCCAUGGUGGUUCAAAGGAAAUGCGCAUCAGUUUUUUGAGGGGCAACAGACUACUUUCCACGGGCUUCUCCAAAAUGUCCGAUAGAGAAUACAAGUUAUUACAGUUGAAAGACCAUGGUGAACCAGAAUGCUUACUACAUGAACAGAUAGACACAGCCCAUGGUGCCCUUUACAUUUUUGCUGACCCAGACCUAAACAUUGUUUAUCUCGUUGGAAAGGGAGACAGUGUGUUCAGGUACUAUGAGGUGAAUGAUGAGAAGCCUUACUUUCAGUAUAUCGGCACAUACCAGUCCAAAAAUGCUCAGAGGAGUGUGGGAUAUAUGCCCAAGAGAGGAUUAAACGUUAAUGCCUGUGAGAUUGCUAGGAUGUAUAGAGUGACUCCGGAUGCUAUUGAGCCUGUCUCCAUGAUUGUUCCAAGGGAGAGUGAACUGUUCCAGGAUGACAUCUACCCUGAUACUUUAGCCAAUGAAUAUGCAGUUCAAGCCUGUGACUGGUUCAAUGGUGAAGAUGGCACACCAAAGUACAUGUCCAUGCACCAAUUUUUCAAAGAAAAGGAAAGCUCUACCUCAAGCAGUGGAGGCGGUCUUCGUGGCCUAAAAAAGGGCGGAUUGAAAUCGACAACCCCAGCAACUAGUGAUACGACUUCUCACAAUUCUAGUAGCCAGAACCAGGAGAUCAAGGAUCUAGUUGCAGAGGUCGUCGGACUGAAGGCAACAGUCGAAGAACUAGAGAAGCGCAUGGCCACCUUGGAAGCCAGAACUUGAAUAAAAAACCUGAGAGAGAAAUAAUUUCCAGAUAAUAUCACAAUACAUUACCAGAUAGUUUUUAGAGUAUCUCGAACAGACAUCAUCUGAUAGGAGCCAGUUUACUACACUCUUUAAUAAUUAUUGUUUAAAUAAAUCAUAAUAAUUGGCUUGGAUAGAAACGAUCGAUGCAUAAUGCUUAUGUUAUAUAUAAAUAGUGUCAAUGUCAUAUCUCACAAGGUAAUCUUGAUAAGUGUCAGAUAUUGUCCAUGAUAAAAAGUGAUAUCAUACUCGUCUUGACGGGGGGGGGGUGCCGGGGUCAGUUUUCUGCUUCUUGGCUCUAGUUGUUGGGCUCCUUGGGCUUCUUGGGCUCUAGUUGUGCUUGGGUAUAUGCGUGGUAUUAUCUAUGAAGCAGUUUCUACCCUCAUUAUAUAGGCUAUACCACAAUCAUAAUUGAUAUUUCAAGGAAAACUUGCCCAUCCAAGAUCUGUUUAAUCACAGUUUGCCUCAAUAAUGGAUCUGUCACCUUGCCUCCAGACUAAGGCAACUUGUUUUACAUGUAGCUUGAAGGAGAGUGACACUUUAUUUGAUAUAUUUCACACACACACGGAACCUCUGAUUUGAACUGAAUUCCCGAACGAAGGCGGUAUGUGCCCUUGGUGACUUGUCAAUCAAAGCACUGCAUCGCAAAUAGAAACUAGAUGAGUCCAUGACAGUUGUAUUAUCUACGUAAGUGCUUAAAGCUUAAGUCCACCUCAGCAAAAUUUUGAUACGAAUAAAUAGAGAAAAAUCAAACAAGCAUUAUGCUGAAAAUUUCAUCAAAAUCGGAUGUAAAAUAAGACAGUUAAGACGUUAUAAAUUUUCGCUUAUUUUUUCACAGAACAGUGAUGCACAACUCAGUGACAUGUAAAUGACAGUUAAUGAUGUCACUCACUUUUUCUUUUGUUUUUUUUAAUUGUUUGAAUUAUUCAAUAUUUCAUUUUUAAAAGAUUUGACAAAGGACCAACUUCAUUGAACCAUAAAGCAUUACACAAUGCUAAUGCCAUAUGCCGAGGGGGGCGCACUCAGUAUAUACUGCAUAGUGGGUAUGUGCCGCGGAGGGGACCCCCAUUUUCACACUCAAAUUCCUUUCCAAGGCAUAGCAAUUUUGCCUUUUGAGAAAAAGAACAAAGAAAGCCGCUCCAAGGCAUAGCAUUU